AUGGACUUGUUGGCCAAGCACUUUCUGUCAGGCAAGGCUGAAAAGUUCAAAGCUGUGGAAUCUCAGUGCACUGUGGCUACUAAUGCAGAUGAGGAGGCAAACUAUAUGAGUAAUCAGGGGGUUGAAGCACUUGAGCAAAUGUCAGGGUACGCAAAGUUCAUGAAAGACUUUGUAACCAAGAAAUGGAAGGUUAUCCAUGAGCCGAAGGACAAUCUUCUCUAUUGUGGUGCUAUCUCUUCAAGGAACCGUAUAAUGGCACCCAAAGGAAAAAGUCCUUAUCUUACCAAGAAGGAACAACAAAAAAGUGUACGCCAAAAACUCAUCGAUAAUGAGUCUGAUUAUGAAGAGGAAGAACCUCUGCUCAGGAAGCGAAAGAAGCAACAAAGCCCUACAAAACCUCUACCACCCCCACUAGUUAAGGUAGAGGAUAGUGAGGAUACUGAAAUAACAAUAGCUUCUGAACAGGAGACAUCUGAACAUUCUGAACAUAAGCAGCAUGAUUCUGAACAUGCUGAAUCUAAAAAAGAGAAACAGGAAGGGUCCGAGGAGUCUGAGUCUGAGGGAACAGCAUCCGGAUCCCCGUCCACUGAACAACAAGAUGAUGAAGAGUAUCCAUCUCAUGGAACACUUAUAAAAUGUAAGAACCCUGAAGUUUGA